AUGUCAGCGACAGUACUCAGCUAUCUCGGCGGCCUAGCAGGGUAUCGCUCCAGGCCCGUCGAAGACAAGGCGCCCAUUCGGGCUCUGCCCGCUGGCUGGUACACCUCUCAUGAGAUGUACGAGCUGGAGAAGCGCGCCAUCUUCUCUCGGAGGUGGCAACUCAUCACCCACAAGAUCAGAAUCCCCAACUCAGGGGACUGGCUCAAUUUUGAAGUCGCUGGCUUCAACUUUAUCAUCGCCCGUGACCGCAAGGGCGCAAUCAACGCCUUCCACAAUAUCUGCAGGCACCGCGCCUAUCCCAUCGUUCAUGAGGAGAAGGGAACGUCAAUGAUAUUCUCUUGCAGAUAUCAUGGCUGGUCGUACGGUCUCAGCGGCAACUUGGCAAAAGCUCCCGGCUACCAGGAGCUCGAGGGCUUCGACAAAUCCAAGAAUGGGCUUUUCCACAUCCACACCCACAUUGACAACAAUGGCUUCAUCUGGGUCAACUUUGACGCCAAAGAAACGCCUGAGGUGGCGUGGGAGGACGACUUCGCCGGCGCCGACACCCAGGAGAAGUACAAGGACUUCAACUUCGAUGAAUAUGUCUUCGACCACGCCUGGCAGAUGGACGGCGACUAUAACUGGAAGAUCCUGGCUGACAACUAUAACGAGUGCUAUCACUGCAAGACAACACACCCCGAUAUCCCUGCGGUGGCUGACCUGGAGGCUUACAACGUUGAGACGAAGCGUGGAUACAUCAUUCACAAUGUUGCCACAAAACCUGAGCAGAGGGACCAGGGACUGGUCGUUGCACCGACCUAUCACUUUCCCAACGUCUCGAGCAAUGUCACUCCCAACUUCUUCUUCAUUCAGCGCUUCAUCCCGCACUCGGCCAGCAGGUCCACCAUGUCUUACCAAGUCUUUCGCAACAAGAACGCAACGGAAGAGAACUUCCAACUAGUCAAUCAGAUGUACAAGCGCAUCAUGUCCGAGGAUAAGGUCCUCUGCGACGCGGCACAACGCAAUGUGAACGCUGGAGUCUUUGUGAACGGCGAGAUGCACCCACGUAUGGAGAAAGGCCCUCUCUUCUUCCAGAAUCUGUGCCGCGAGGCGGUCACUGAGCAUUGGAACAAGGAGAAGGCUACGAAGAAGGAAAUUUGGCCGGCAAGGCAAACCUUUGGAGAUUACAAUGCAGAUGCUGCUGAGAGAGACAUCACAUUCUGCUCAGGGCUGAGUUGCUCAACUCUUGACGAGAAGGGCCCGUUGGCUUGGUAG